UGUUGUUCUUUCAUUCGUUCGUUCGUUCGUUCAUUCUCUCUCUCUCAUGUGUUGUUUUUUGAUGACCGAGUGUCCGGGCCAGCACUCCUUCGGAGUGUCGCACCUCGACUAAUCUCGGGGCCCUGAGCCGAUCGACCAGGCAAAGACGCAGUGGCCCGCCAGGAGCACAGCUGGGAGUGGGAUUCGAACCUGAGACCUAGAGAGGAGCAAACUCCUAGGCCCCAAGUCCCUUGGCCUCAACCAACUGGGCUACCCUUGCGGGUUCUCUCUCAUGUGUUGUUGAUAGAUCAUACGGAUUACUAUUUUUUUCCUACUCAGAUCCCUUAAUUUGAUACUUCCGUUUUUUUUACUUGUAUCAGAUCUUCUAUUUUCCAUGAAUGUAGUUAUUUAUUUAUGUGUUCAUUUGUCUCCCCCAAUAUUUUAUACGAAUAAAUGAAAUAAUCCUGUUUUGCCCACACAAAGGCCAAAAAACAUAGAAUAUUGGUCUCAUGUGCAUGCAAAUGCAGUAAGGUUUUGUGGCUGACAACGUUUCCUCAUCUUGGUGAUUUCCGUUCAGGCUAAAAAACUUUAUUGCAUUGCAGGUAUGAAUUCAAAUGGCCAAACACCAUUUUCUGUUGAUGGCAGUCCAGUUCGGCAAACCCAACCACCUGCACCGCCACAGCAACCAUCUGUUGACACAAACACAGACACAAGAACUGGUAACACUCAAAACCAGCAUCCUUCAACAUCUCACGACUGUCAGAUUCGGACUCGGACUCGGACUCAGACUCAGACUCAGACUCAGACUCAAACUCGGGUUAAGACUCGAUCUUGGUUUCCGAGUCUGAAAGAGAAGACUAGCAGUGGCGACAACUUACAUAAGCUGUCGGAGACGCUCCUAGUCACAAAUUUCAGUGCAGCCAUAGCUAUGGUGAUUUUCAGAUCAGAGGGAUCGCCGUUGCAGUAUGCUUUGAAUUCAAAGCCACCACAUGGACUAUCAUUUGGUAUUCUUGUGGCUUGUAUUGCAAUUGGUUUCACUUGUAAUAUGCAAGUGAUCUUAUUGCAAAAGAAAUCGCCAAUCGUUGCAAGCAUAGGGGAGUAUGCUGGCGUGUUUUCGUCUGUCAUUGGGUUCUUGGCCAUGAUACAAAUGAUUCUACCUCUUACCCUCUGGUGGAUUGUUUGGCCUGCUGGUAUUUCUAUCUUCCUAUCAUCUCUCUAUGCCCUUAGAAAGAACAGGGAUGAUACAGAAGAUGAGAAUGCUAUGUUCUAUUGGGGGGGAGAGAUUAUGUCUGAUCACAAAAGUGUGUCUUACAACGGCCAUGUGAAGAAGUUCUGUAAGGUGAAAAAGGGGACAACACUGCACGAGUUGGAGGCGAUGAUCAUGCCCAAGGUGGGCCCGAUUGGAGAAAACGUGCAACUGAAGUUCAAAUGUAGGUUCCCAUCUUGGGAGUCCAUAAACAAAGUGGAGUAUGCGUUGGUAUCAAUCGACAACGAUGAGGAUUUGGCUUUCGUCUUGAAUCAACCGAAAAACCCAUGGUCAAAAUAUAGUUUGCAAUUUUAUGUGGACUGGGACAAGAGCAUGAUGGCCAACAUAACCCCGUUUGUGUAGUGAACUCAAGAAUAUUUUCCAACUACUCUUUAAUUAUAUGGAUGUGAAGAUUUUGCUGCAAUGAGGACAUGUAGAUGCAUAUCGCAGGAAACUCCAAGAGUUGGGCGAAUGGUCGAAGUUUGAGAUUUGGAAGUGCAUUAUUUUCAUAAUUUCAGGUUUGAAAUCUCUUAAAUGCAAAUAAUAUAUUGGGGUUAGUCCGAGUACGAGACUUUGCCUCAAAAAGAUACAUAUAACACAUGAGUGGAUUGAUCUUCACAAAUAAUUUAUUUUACUUGUUUGUUUUUUCUUCUAUUGGUUGGAACAAAAUGCAAAAAACUUCAAAUAUUCACUAAUAUUAUUUUUGUUC